GUUCAGGGGCGGUGGGAUGGCGGUCGGCUUCCUGCUCUGCCCGCUGGCCCUCGCCCUGUGCGGCGCUGCGAACGUGACGGAACUUCCUGCGAACAUGACUGGGAUUCUCCUGGCCACUGACCUCCGGCAGGUUGACUUGGAAUCGCCCGGAAUGCUGGAGUGUCCUGGCAACCAGGUUGUGGUUGGGAAUGGCAGUGCUUGCGGCUGCCCCGAGGACCUUGUUUCAGAUGGAGAGGCCUGUGGCUGUCCCAGUGGUUUCCGAUUGAUGAGUGACGGCCAGCGCUGUGUGGACGUGAACGAGUGUGACACCAGCUCUGGUCCCUGUCCGGUGACUGCCAACUGCACCAACACCCUGGGCUCCUUCCUAUGCCGGUGCUCCCCAGGGUUUGUGAUGGGAGCGAGUGGCUGCAGAGAUGUGGACGAGUGUAUCCUGCCCCAGGCCUGUCCCUCGAACAUGGACUGCCACAACUGUCCCGGCUCCUUCGUCUGUGAAUGUCUGCCGGGGUACGUCCGCUCGCUGGAUGGCCAGAGCUGUGUGGAUGUGGACGAGUGCGCCUUCGAGGAGCGUUGCCGCCGCGAGCUGGGGAACCAGUGCAUCAACGUGCCGGGCAGCUACAACUGCAGCUGCCAGCCCGGAUUCCAGCCGCAGGGAGCGGCCUGUCUGGACAUUGAUGAGUGCUCGGAGGAUGCAGCGGUGUGUGCCCAGGGCCAGUGUGUGAACACACUGGGGAGUUACCAGUGUGGCUGUCCCCCCGGCUUCCGUGGCAACGGGACCGACUGUGAAGACGAGAACGAGUGUGCGUCGGGUGGGCACGGCUGCGAUACCAACGCCAGGUGCUGCAACAUCAUCGACUCCUACUACUGCCAGUGCUACCUGGGCUUCAACGGGGACGGCUUCUCCUGCUUCGACAUACUAUUCUUACUUGACUUCUUCUCAAAAUCCACCAUCAGUGAAGCUAUGAAUAUAACAGAACUCUGGGGUGAAGUCCAUCUGGUCCAUAGGACAUAGAACAUUACAGCACAGUACAGCACCCGGAGGAAACCCAUGCAGACACGGGGAGAACAUACAAACUCCUUUCAGACUGUGGCCA